AUGUCCGCAAAGUCUACGCAUCUGCCUUUUCCCGGCGUCCAGCAUGGAAAGCGCAUCAUUAUAUCUGUGAUUGAACAGCGAGCGCGUGACGAACCAAACAGUUCGUGGAUUUCGAUCCCGGUUGACGAAGGAAAAGUGUGCGAAGGGUAUAGAGAUAUCACGUUCAAACAAUUGAACGAUGCGGCCAAUCAUGCGGCACAGUGGCUUUUGCACAAUCUGCCUCCAUCUUCGCGGUCUUUUCAAUGUUUUGCAUAUGCCGGACCCAAAGAUCUUCGCUAUCCAAUUCUUGCUCUCGCAGCAGGAAAGUUACAGAAGAAGUUGAUUCUUCCUAACCUGUCUAUGAUGCCAGAAAAUCAUGCACACGUGCUUCGAAAAGCAGAGUGUGAAGUCUACCUAAGUACAAAGCAUGUAGCCAAUGACAUCAAAGCAGCCCUUGAGCAUGCACCAGAAAUUCAAUACAUGGAUGCCCCAAGUCUCGAUGACUUAUUCCGAGACACGGAGCCGAUUGCAAUUGAAUACACCAAGCCCUGGGAUGACGCGAAGGAUGACCCAUGGCUAGUAUUUCACAGCUCUGGCACAACAGGCCCUCCUAAGCCAAUCACCCAUACAUUUCGAAUGGUGGCCAAUCUAGAAGCUCCAGCAAGCUUGCCAGAUGUCGCAGAGAGCCAUAUUCAUCAAUACGCUAACAAACGAUGGUAUACACACUUGCCAACAUUGCAUUAUGUGGGGAUGGUAACGGUACUCUUCAUCCCCCCAUUCGUCAACAUGACAGCCAUCCUUCCACCUCCCGACCAAUCCCCAGAAAACGUGGCGAAGAUCUUGCGCUAUGCCCGCGCGGACGGUGCUAUAUGCACACCGCUACUGUUGAGUCAGAUGUUGUCUUUCACGGAUGGCGCAGAAGCUUUGAAAAGCCUGGAAUAUGUCCACUAUGCCGGCGCUCCUCUGGCGCGCCACCUGGGGAAUCAAAUAAUCUCUGACACCAAGUUAGCCCCUCUUAUUGGCUGUACCGAGUCAGGACAUCAUUUCACCGAGACACGGCCGGACGACAAAGAGGACUGGGAUUACUUCAAGUUCCAGCCACAUGCAGGCGUCGAGUUUGAGCAUCGGGCUGAUGACUUUUAUGAAAUGGUGUUUGUCCGUCGACCAGAAUGCGUCAUGCAGCCGAUAUUUAUUGCCUUUCCUGAGCUAGAGAGAUUUGAGACCAAGGAUUUGUGGGUUCAGCAUCCUACUCGUAAAGGGCUCUGGAAGAUUGUCUGCCGGAUGGAUGACUUCGUUUCCCUCACCGAUGCGAAGGGAUACUUUGUCUCUCCUUUUGAGCGGGAGAUUGAGCAACACCCGCGUGUAGAGGCUGCUUUGAUAGGAGGCAACGGGUACUCCGAUCUGGUCCUUCUCCUUGAGAUUACAAACGGGGUCAAUGUCGACACGGAAAGCGGGCGGCGUUCUUUCUUUGAGAGCUUAGAACCGUACCUUUCCAGAAUCAGCGAUUCGAGUCUCCUCAAACUGGAACCGAAACUGACAAUAAUUGCUCGGAAGGACAAGCCAUUUGUCCGGACUAUUAAGGGGACACUAGCUAGGGUACCCACUCUGCAGCUUUAUGAAGAUGACAUUGCUGCACUUUUUGAUGGGUCUACGUAA